GAAGCCAAUUCCACAAGGCGGAAGCGAAGGCCAUAGCCUGAUGAGGAAUCAACGAAAGCUGAGAAAGUGAAAGGGCGAAAAAACAUUUAUUUGUGGCAAUCCUGGUAACUGGACACAUAAAGCACUGAAGGAACUUUUUAUUAAUUACUGCAUAUCACGGACCAGGGCCCUGUCCCCAUUUCUCAGCCACAACUGGCCUAGCCCAGCUCCGCCCGGCAACGUCCAGCCACAUUCCAGCCUCCGCUCCGGCCCCAGGCAAGCACAUCCCGGCGCGGCACUGCCACAGUCCUCUCUCCCAGGCUAGCCUCUGCUCAGCUCCAUGGCGGGUCGGGGAGGAUCCAACGGCCCGGCGGCGGGGAACAAGAUCUGCCAGUUUAAGCUGGUGCUGCUGGGGGAGUCGGCAGUGGGAAAGUCCAGCCUGGUGCUGCGCUUCGUAAAGGGCCAGUUCCACGAGUACCAAGAGAGCACCAUCGGAGCUGCCUUCCUCACACAGACGGUCUGUUUGGACGAUACAACGGUAAAGUUUGAAAUCUGGGACACAGCCGGCCAGGAGCGGUAUCACAGCCUGGCUCCCAUGUAUUACAGAGGAGCCCAGGCCGCCAUUGUGGUCUAUGACAUCACUAACACAGAUACUUUUGCACGUGCAAAGAACUGGGUGAAGGAACUCCAGCGACAAGCCAGCCCCAACAUUGUGAUCGCCCUGGCAGGGAACAAGGCCGACCUCGCCAACAAGAGAGCCGUGGACUUCCAGGAAGCACAAGCCUACGCAGAUGACAACAGCUUGCUUUUCAUGGAGACUUCAGCCAAGACUGCAAUGAACGUUAAUGAAAUCUUUAUGGCCAUAGCCAAGAAGCUGCCGAAGAACGAGCCCCAGAGCGGAGCGGACACGCGGGGCCGCGUCCGGCCGGGCCUGGACCCCCAGGACAGCGCCCCUCAGGGCCGCAGCGGCCAGUGCUGCAGCGGCGGCAACUAACGGCACCCAACCGACGACCGACCCAGCCGCGAGACGAAACCAACCCCGAAGGAGAAGACACCCGCCGAAAACGAGAUCCAUUCUUAACAGUCGCACUUAACAGACCCACUGCUCGACGCUCUUUUCUUCUCUUCUCUCUUCCACUUCCACCCUCCUCCUGUUUUGAGCAUUCUUUUUUUUUAUCAUAAGCUGGAGACAAUACCCUGGGGCUUCUCUUCCUUUUCUCCAUCCCUCUUUUUGUUACUGUACACAAAUACUAAUUCAAUUAUGUCUUAAGUCACUUUUUCUUUUUUUUUAUUCUUUUUUUUUUAAAGGAGAAGUUGUAUCAUACCUCCAGCUAUUACCCUCUUUCCUCAGGUGAUGGGUGCAUGUAGCAACUGUAAAUUUAUUUUCUGCCCUGAUCAUCUCUGUGCCCCACCCAUCCCACGUGGCCCUCUGGAAGAAGCAGAGGGAGGAAACAAGGGCAUCUUUUCCUUCCAGAUUCAGCUAUCCUGUAGAUUAAUAUUAUUGUUAUUAAUACUUUUCAGGCACAAGACAUGUAGGAUGUGAUUUGAUAGGGUAACAUUCUAUGGUUUGAAUCAUGUAUGUAUGUUAAAUCAAACUGUAUGCAUAGUGCAUUAACAGUCAUCAUUACACCAGUAAGUCAUUUUUAGCAUUAUGUUUUUUGAAUCUGUAUGAUGCAAUGUUGACAAAAAUAAAAGGAUCAAGCAAGAUUUUUUUUUCUGACCAAUAUUGCAAUUAUGAGUAUUGAAAAUAAAUUUGCUGUAUUUGUAUUGUAUGUUUCUCUUCAAACAUGUAACCAAUCAGUACUUAUUGUCAGUACAGUAUCUUCCCAAUAUAAUAUAUAUUUUGUCUCAAUAUAUAAUUUUGUAACCCAAUAUAAUUUUGUUUGAAGAA